AUGGACGGAGCACCAGAAGGAGGGCCUGUUGCGCGGUGGGCGUUGGCACUGCAUGGCGGAGCAGGCACCAUCUCUCGCUCAGUGCCCCUCGACCGCCGUGAGGAAUACCUCAAGGGCCUGCGCACCGCACUUGACACUGGCGUCAGCAUUCUCGCCCAAGGAGGGACGGCACUGGACGCGGUUGAGGCGGUGGUGCGGACGCUGGAGGACGAUCCACUGUUCAACGCUGGGCGGGGUGCGGUAUUCACACAUGACGAGACUGUGGAGCUUGACGCCUCCAUCAUGGAUGGGCGCACCUUAGCCUGCGGCGCUGUGUGCGGCGUCAAAACGGUCAAGAAUCCGAUCUCGCUGGCUCGGCUGGUGAUGGAGAAGACGUCUCACGUCCUGCUGUCGGGUGCUGGUGCCGAGCAAUUCGCUGCCGUGGUGGGCGUCGAGCGCUGCGAGAACUCCUACUUCUACACCGAACACAGGCAUCGAGCGCUGCAGCAGGCCAAGGCCACGGACCAGGUGCAGUUGGACCACUCGGGUCUGACCACCGUCGAUUCCAAGAUCUCGCCUGCGCAGCUGGCGGGCACCAGCGCAGGCGGCGUGUCGCCCACCGCCGACUCCGCCGGCGCCGGCGCUGGCAGCGACGAGGCGGCGCACGUCAAGGGCACCGUGGGGUGUGUCGCUCUCGAUGCGCAGGGCAACCUGGCCGUGGCAACCUCGACCGGCGGCAUGACCAACAAGCGGUGGGGCCGGGUGGGCGACUCGCCCAUCAUCGGAGCCGGGUCCUACGCCAACAACAAGUCGUGCGCCGUGUCAUCUACCGGGGCCGGAGAGGAGUUCAUUCGGCACGUGGUGGCCCACGACAUCGCGGCACUCAUGGAGUACGGUGGCCACAGCGUCGCGCAGGCUGCCGACCUGGUCGUACACACCAAGCUGGCCAAGGGCGAUGGGGGCGUGAUCGCGGUGAGCAAGGACGGAGAGGUGGCGAUGCCCUACAACAGUGUGGGCAUGUUCAGGGCUGCGGCGGACAGCAACGGGCUGCACACGGUAAAGAUAUGGGAGUGA